CUUGAUCAGCUGAUUGAUUGAUUGUGGGAUAAAACGGCUUAGUGAUAAUGAAGUGAAAUUAGCCAAUGAAAAUAAUUGAAAGCGAGUCAUUGACAACGUGAGGCUUGACAACAACGCGGGAAAAGAUGUCGGAUACAGCGAAAGAAGAACGGCGAAUUGAAACCUUGGCAAAGCCUAAACGUGUACCAAGUGAAUUUCAAGAUGACAGACGGUCUGUUUAUUGGAUAGAGAGUAAUCCUCCAACACCUGGUCCUAAUGGAGUAACAGUUAUAGUGGCCACAAAAAGAGUAUCAGAGUUGGCGCAGCACCGAGUACCUCACCAGUAUAAACAUGAUAGACCAUCACCAAUAUGGCCAGUCAGACAGACAGCAUUAGAACAAGAAGCCUCAGAGAGAAUUCACCAGUUAUCCAUGCAUAAAAAUGCUCAUCCACAGCAUGCUUACGACAGAACAGCCUAUAUUGAAGUGUCACCAGGGGCCAAGAGGGCAGCAUCAACGGAACGCAUAGAAAUGCUUAGCCGACCAAAGAUGCGACAAGAUCGUUUCGGUAUGGAUGAGACAGAAUGGGGGCAGUAUUUUCCUCCGUCUGACGCAGCCAAAAAAGCAACAGCAUCUGGAAGGAUUGAAAGUUUAGCAGAAUCAAAAAGAUAUCAUGCAAUGUUUCAGAACGAGAAACCAGUUCAAUGGCCUGUUGAUGAUGGGGCCAUGAAAGCAAUUGCUAGCCUUGAAAUACAAAAAUUAGCUCGUCCACGGAGUCGUACUAUGAUUAAAGACGAUUAUGAUCCUUAUAAAGUUCCCAUGGCUGCACGUCGAGCUAGGGCAACACCCAGACUUGAUGAACUUUGUGUACCUCUGCCAAGAAAAACUAGAGCAAAGAAAGCUGCUUAAUUUUAGCUGUUUUUUUUAAUCAAAAUGUUUUUUUCUAAUCAUCUUGUAAGAAUGAAGUCAUUAGUUCAUAAUGUGCAUUUAUUUAUUUUUUAAGUGUUAGAACAAGUGUGUAGCUAAUAAAGUUAGCCAGUUAUUGGUGAAAUUUGGCAUAUAUUUCUCAUGAUGAGUUGAACUUAAUUUUCAUUUUAUUACAUGUAAAUGUUACUUUUGUUAUGUUUAUUGUGCCAGUUUCGAGAAGUUAUUAAGAAAUUGUUUUGGCUAGGAUACACGAAUUUGUGCAUUUAUUCAUUUAUAUAUAUGUUAAAAUUAGAAGGUUUACAUUCUGAUUUACUGAUUUACACAUGACAGAAAAUUCAUGAAAACCAAUGUUUGAUGACAAAUGAUAUUUCAUUUACAGUAGGAGUUAAUUUUAAUUAUCAGUUAUAGAUAAAAAAAAAAAAAAAUAAGUAUUAAUGUUGAAUUAUUUGUCAAAACUUUACAUUGCAUUGUUGAAGACAGCAUGAACUUUAUACUAUUAAAGGCAUUCAUAUUUUGCCAAAUUUUCAAUUAAUAUUUUUUAUCAUUGAAGGUGUAAAAUGCUGGAAACGUAUAAUAAUACUUCUAGGCUUUAACUUGUACCCUCUAUAUAAUCAGCAUAGAGCCUUAAAAAUGAAGGGAGAGCUUUCCACCAUAAAAGAAAGCUUAAUAAUUAUCAUAUGUCCAUCUCUUUUAAAGUAUCAGUGAACUCUCGUUGCUAUUUUAGUAUUUUGUUUGAAUGUUUGUUCUAUGAUGUAUGUUUUUGGAUCAUUUUUUCAACUUUUCUUGCUAUUUAGAGGUACUGGUUAUUAAUAAGAUAAAAACUGCGACUAUUGGUGCUUAUACAUGGAAAGAUUUUACAUUAUAAUAAAAAAGCAUUUACUAUUUAAAGUAGUUAGAGUCCUUAGUCAUCUUGCAUUUAAUGCAGUUUAAAAUAUGUUAUUAUUACUGCUAUUUUCCUAAUGCAUGUAGUUUAAAGGUUUGGUUGGCUUGCUUGCUUUGCUUGUUUAAAUAUUUGCUCAAGCAUCCAAGAAUAUUAUACAAGCUGAAGCCUAACAUAGCUGUGGAUAUUGCAACUGUAAAACUAAACUACAAUGUUUGAGCAAGCAGUUAUAAAAAACAAACCAAGCAAGUCAACUAAAUCUUUAAACUACAUGCAUUAGGAAUUAGCUGUAAGAAAAAAAACCUUUGUAUAGUAAACAGUAUGAAUACAUAUGAAUCUUCUUGAGUUAAGAAAAAAAAAUUAUAGAUAAGAAAAUGUGUAGAAACUUUUAAGCAUAAUAAGAUUUUAUUGUUAAGAUGUUUGUUUAUUUAUUAUAUUUAAGUUUUAUACUAGGGUAAACAAUAAUUAUAUUAUCUUUUUUAUGUAUUUGACUUACAGAUUUUUACAAAUUUGAUGAUUCAUAUGACAUAAUAUUCUAAAACAUAAUUUUAUUGAAUUUGUUUAAACCAUUGUCAUAUUAAAAAGAAGUGUGAAUCUUCUUGUCAAGUAUUUUUCUUUUUUUCGUUUUUCGACAAUUCACAAGAAAAUAAUGAUUGUAUAUGAAAGAAAUUUUGUUAUACAACAAUUUUAAGUUUUUAUUAUGUUUAUUAUGUAAAGUAGAAAAUCAAGAUUCUUUUUAAAAUAUAUCUUAAUUUGCAGUGAUUUGAUGUGCUAUAGGUUAACCUGAGAUUUGCUCAAAAGUUUGUACAUAAUGUUUCCUUAUUUAGAAUUUCAACUUUAAGCCAACGUAUGAAAAAUUACUGUAGUAGUAUAUACAUCCUGCAAAAUUUUAUUCUAUAUCAAAAAUUAAUAUAAUAUUAAUGCAUUGAAAUUCCUAUAAAAUUUAACCAGUUAUGAAAAGUAUUAACCAUAUAUAUAUGUAAACAAUCAAAAAGUGUUACAGCUGAUUUCCUAAUGCAUGUGGAACAAAACUUUGGUUAGCUAGCUUGCAUUGUUUGUAUAUUGUACAAUCAUUAGGAUAACACCCAAUUAAAUUCAAACAUGAUAUAUACAGGUUAAACUAUGCCUAUAAAAAUUGUUUAAAUAUGUCAAACUUAUUUACAAAACUUGUUUAAACAAUUAUAAUAACAAAGCAAGCAAGCCAAACAAAGUUUUACUUUGCAAGCAUUAGGAAAUCAGCUGUAAAAUGUGUGUGAAUUUUAGAUGUUACCAAUUAAUUUUACUGCCCUUGUUUCUCAGUUUUCAGUAUUAUUUGAUUUUUUCUUGCCUAUUUAUUUGCUAUUGUUACUUUUUAGUAGAAGGAAUAUUAGUUAGGCUGAUUGUAGUGUUUUUUUUAGCGAUGUUGAUUGGUGCUUUCGCUUUUUGCAAACUAUUCAUAUGCAACUGGACUAUUUUUUGCAUAAUUUAAAUUAGUAUUGUAAUAACUUGGCAAGUUUGUGUGUACGCUAUCAACCUCGUUUUGCAUUUAUUACUAUUUAAAUUUUAUUUAAAAAAUUCUAUAGGUAUUAUAAAAAAAAAAACUAAUAGCUUCCUGUUUCAUUUUAUUGAUGUUUUAUAUAAAAAUAAAAGUAUGUAUAGAAAAAAGUUUAUAUUUUUUUAGAGUUAAAUAUUUUCUUUCAGUAUUAAAUAUUUUGUUAAAUGUUUGUUUCUUUUGUUAUACAUUUGUAAAUGAAUUGUCUAAAAAAAAAAUUGACCUUAUGCAUUUUCCUUUUGAAAUUUAUCAACAUAAUAAAUAAAGAAGGUAAAUUUUGCUUACAGCUAAUUUCCUAAUGCAUGUAGAGCAAAACUUUGAUGAUAACACCCAAUUAAAUUCAGAUAUAAUAUAUACAGGUUAAACUAUGGCUAUAUAUAUUGUUUAAAGAUGUCAAUCUUAUUCACAAAGCUUGUAUAAACAAUUAUACAAACAAAGCAAGUAAGCCAAAACAAAGUUUUACUUUGCAAGCAUUAGAAAAUCAGCUGUAAUAGGCUUAAACUGCUUUAUUUUUCAAGAUUUAUCUGUCAGAGUAACCUCCCUUUUUCCUGUAAAGAGAUGCAUAAGGUCAAUGUUUUUCAUCAUUGUUGUUAUAUAUAUGUAUUAGGUGUGAACCUCACAGUAUUAUCAAUGCACACAGUAUUAUACAUUAUUUCUUUUUUUAUAAAUUCUAUUUCUAUUAUAGUUGUUUUGGAUAUUGAACAUUUUUAUAAGUGAUAAAUACAUUUUUGUAGUUAUUUUUACCACCAAUUACAAGUUCUGAUACAGAUUAAUAUAAUUGCAAUAGCACAGAAGCUUACAAUUUCCAUUGAAAUCACAGAUACAUUUUAAUGCCCUGUGUAAAUAUUUAGUGUCACUCAACUGGUUCAAAGAUAUUCGUACAAUUUGAGCUUGUAUGUAUUCCAAUCCAAAUUUAUGAUUUUCUUCAGCACCAGUAUAGUUUCUUGUAUGUUCCUCCAUUAAUUGUGGAGCACUACCCAUAGGGCAUAAUUGUGAUAAUUUUCAAUUUAAGUAGUCAGAAGUUUUUUUGGUGGUAAAAUUGGAACUGCUUUUAAUGACAUAGAUAUAUGUGAUAUUUGUUUUUACAUUUACAUGGAGAGAGAUUUAUCUUUGAGUAUGUUUGUAUAUGCAAAACUCAGAAUAAAAUGUAACGUUGA